AUGCAUCAAUCUCAAACUAUGGAGGGUUGUUCUUCUCCACUUGUCGUUAAAUUUGCUGAUACACCGAAAGAUAAAGAAACAAAAAAAAUUCAACAACAAUUUACUACCCAUAAUAAUGGUCUUAUGCAGCAUAUGACUGCAGGAAAUUCAUUGCCUAAUCUUCAACAUAUGAACACGUAUAAUUUUUUACCUGAAAUAAGUAAUUUAGUAUUUCUUCAACAAUUAUUAAAGAAUUAUGGUUUUCUUAACAAUAAUGGCACUUCUAUAAAUUUUGCUGCAUUAAACAAUCUUCUACAAAUGUUUACAAAUAAUAUGAAUUUAAAUGGUAAUAAACCACCUCUUCUAGCACCUCCACCACCACCUGGUACAUCAUCAAAUAUGACUAUAAGUUCUCAACAUAGUAGUAAUCAAUCUUUAAAUAUUCAAGAACAACAACAUACAAUGAAUUCGCCUCGACCACCUCCUCCCCCUAAUCCAAAUAAUGGCACUUAUAAUAAUGAAUCUUCAUCACUUAUGUGUGGAACGAGUGCAUAUAACAGUAAUGGACUAAAUCCAAAUAAUGGUAAUGGCCCAGCAACAAAUCUUCAUAAUCAAAACGGUGGUUUAACAUCAUCUGCUCCCACACCCAGUAAUGGACCUUAUCCACCUACAAUGCCAUCAAUCUAUGCUAAUAGUAGUAGUCCAUUAUCAAAUGCUGGUGCAGAUGCUCAUCAUAAUUUACAAAAUCUUGUUGCUAUGUCACAAAUAAACAAUGGAGGUCUUUUACCAACUAAUAUGCAUUCAAGUCCAACUACAAAUUCACCUGUAGCAGCACCAGCUUCUUUUUCUGUCUUUCCGUCACCAACAUAUAUAACUUCUCAAGUAGCUGGCAAACAUACUGAAGGUCCUGAUGGUGCCAAUCUAUUUAUAUAUCAUCUUCCACAAGAAUACAGUGACGCAGACUUAGCUCAAGCGUUUGCACCUUAUGGACCGAUUAUAUCAGCUAAAGUAUUUGUUGAUAAAACAACAAAUCGUAGUAAAUGUUUUGGCUUUGUAAGUUAUGAUAAUCCAUCAUCAGCUCAAGCAGCAAUUAAUCAAAUGAAUGGUUUUCAAAUUGGUAUGAAACGAUUGAAAGUUCAAUUAAAAAAACUUCGAACUAAUAUUAAUAAUGUCAACACUAAUAACAUCAAUAAUUCAAAUCCUAAUCAGACUCCAGUAGCAGCCAGUAAUAGUCCAAAUAAUCAUAAUGGAAAUUCACCAACAACAUCAAAAACAACUUCAUAUUAA